AUGGCGACUGCUGCGCUGUCAUUCGAGCCUGCGCUGGCUUGUAUGUCUAUAGCGAGAGCUCGCUCGCCGUUGGCGCCUGCCAAGACAGUCAGACAAGACAGCAGUCACUCUGAAAGCACGACAGCGCAUUCGCCAGCCUGGCAGCAAGGGGCAGCUCUUGCUCCCGCUCGGCCCUCGCACAGUCAACCGGCGUCAAGCUUCGACGACCAGGCCGAGUGCAGCGUACGAGGAGAAACAAGCGUCAAGAGAAUGAGAUCACGUUCCGCAUCACCUUUGCGCCAAGCACCACUGCCGUGCACUUGUAACGAGCUACAAGCGACCGAAGCCGCAUCGGCAAGCAUGCGGCCGAUCAAUAGAGACACACACCGCAGGCAGGCUGUGUGUGCGCGACGGCGCAGAAGCAGCUCCUCUUGGCGAGAGCAAUCUACGCCGAUGUCGAUAGCUGUAGCCAUCCGCGCCACACCGCUUCGCUUAUCAUCACCUUCCCGAGAGCAACGUAGACUUCUUGUCCGUAUUUCGCCAGCUUCUCGCUCGCGGCCGAUACAGAAAACCCUGUUCUCGCCUUCUACUGCUCGUAGCGCGUCCAUGCGCUCGCUUCAUACGCCUAGACGCAGCUUCAUUACCUUGCGACAAGAUCAGCUUUCUUCUGCCACAGGUAUAGGCGCCCUCGCACUCGAUAGACUGCCGUUUGCAGAGGCCUCUCCUCACGCUACACCUCUCAGUCUCUUGUCCUCUGUCGCGAAUGCUUUCGGUAGCUCAGCGCAAGCUCAGUCGACAGACGCAGCGACUCGCUCAGAACCAUUAGAGACGCCCUCUGACUCCCUCAUAGAGCACUAUAUGCGCGCCACACCCGUGCUGCAUGAUCCGGUACGCAAGCCCAGGCAUCCUAUCGUGCUUUGCCAUGGUCUUUACGGUUUCGAUGUGCGAUUCGGCGGCCGACUUCACUAUUGGGGAGCAGUUCUCGAAAUCCUGCGAGGCAAAGUCGGCGCAGACGUCAUCGUCACUGCUGUGCCAGGCACGGCAAGUAUCAGAGAUCGUGCCGAGGCACUCCACAAAGCUCUCUCGACCGAGCUUGCAAAGGAUGCAGAGGUCAAUCUGCUCGCUCAUAGCAUGGGCGGACUGGAUUGCCGGCAUCUGCUCUCUAGCAUUCGUCCGGAGGCAUACAAGCCUUUAUCACUGACCACACUGGGCACGCCACAUCGGGGCAGCGAUUUUAUGGCCUGGUGCCAAGCUAACAUUGGUUUGGGGCACGACGCAGAAGCGCUCGUGGCUGCAGCCAGCGAGCAGGAUCUACCUUACAGUCUCAAGAGCCCAAUCCUCAGUCGUGCUGCGCCCAAACCAGCGAUGCCGGAACCAGCGGCAGCCACCGAGAAGCCCAAGACGAGCGGCGCCAGUUUUCCAGGCCUGCCUUACUCUGUUGGCGCAUCCUUCUCAGGCUAUCUGCUCUCGUUGCUCGACUCGCCGGCGUAUGCCAAUCUGACGCCCGCAUAUCUCGCGAACACGUUCAAUCCUGCCACGCCGGACCGGCCAGAUGUCCGCUACUUCUCAGUCGCGGCCCGUACACCCCGUAUGGGUGUCUGGCACCCGCUUUGGCUGCCUAAAGUCAUUCUAGACGCAAGCGGCGAACGCAAACGACGCGUCGCUGCUGGUAACGAGCUCAGCAUACCUCCUUCUCUUGGUAAUGAUGGUCUCGUACCUGUCGAAUCUGCCAAGUGGGGCGACUUCCUCGGCAUCAUUGAGAAUUGCGAUCAUUGGGAUUUGCGAGGAGCAGCAGGAUUCGCAAAGGCACCGCCUGGCGCAAAGGAUGAGAAGACCGUCGGCAGCACGUCGAGCAAGACUAGUGCGGCGGAUGGGCCUAUAUCACCUGCUGAAGAAACGUCAAAGUCGUGGACUUGGCUUGAUGUCAAUAAGCUUCUCGGUCGGAAGAUCUCAACUGCGGGUGCUGCGCCUGUGCUGCCACAGUCAACUUCAGACGAUUUCCCAAAAACGUCUCCUUUCACAGAUGACGGUGUAGAUCACAAGCUCCGUCUCCGCAGCUCGUCAACAGUAGGAAAGCUGGACGCUGCGGCCAAGGGUGGCUCUCUCAAUGCGAUUGUCGAUUGGGUUUUCAGUCGAAUCCCACUUGCGCCUUCCUUCCACGUCAGUGGCAAGCCGCCCAUCUUUGGUGCAGACGGGCGACGAGGCAGCUUUGCAUGCAGCAUCGAUCCAAGCUAUCCGCUCGAUGAUGAAGGCACACUUCCCGCAUCCAGUCUGAAAGACUAUCGAGCUCUGUAUGGCAUAGCCGGCUCAUCAUCUCUCAAGCAGGGUGCAAACGCAGCCAACACCAAAUCGGCGACCAAAUUCGAUCUCGAGAACUUCUACGUUGGGCUUUGUCGCAAGUUGUACGACGAAGGUCUGUAA